AUGUUGCCAGCUAUAAAAGAAGAUGAAAGCGCAAUAAUAUCAAAUUUCAGCCCCAAAAAAAAGCCACUUAAAGGAUUCGAUAGCAGUAAUUCCUAUUAAGUCUAUUUAAAAAGUAAAGCAAAAGAGCUAUUAAAACGAGAAAAAAUCAAAAUUCCUUUAUCAUUGCUUAACUAUCGCAAAAAGAAAUUUUCAAGUGAAUCUUCCCCACAGCCAAAAGAAUUUCCAAGCAUAAACUCUACAUUACACAAGCUACGAAAUUCAUGUUCAGAUUCUCCUUCAAUGCUUCUUCAUUCUGUUUUACAUGACUCUGGCUUUAAUUCAGUUGAAGACGCUCCAAACACUUUUAUAUCCAAAACCCCUGAUGUCCAUCGCCGAUCAAUUUUCUCAAAAAACUCAUCACCGCGGCUUAAAUGCCAUUUCCGGUCAAAUACUCCAAUUAACCCAAAAUUAUACUUGGUAAAAAGAAUUUUUUAA